AUGGAGGAAGACGAUUCGAACUCGAUCUCUGCUGAAUCAAUCUCUCUCGACACUCUAGCUUCAAUUAGAUCACUCAUUAUCAACGCCGACACUUCCGACUCUAUAAUUUCCUCGGUGUUCGAUUUCCUUACUGGUCUUCUGAGUCGAGGAGACUCGCCGAUUCUUCACCACAUCCUCAAGCUACUCUCCGAUCUUGCCUUCCGGCGAAAGGAAUUAGCGCCACAGAUCUUCGACUCGGUCCUUUCCAACUUACUCCGCCUUCAAAACUCCGCCGCCGCCGUGGAAUCGCUUGCUGUGCUGGCGUCGUUAUCCGAGAGAUACCCUAGCAUCGCCGCCACCGCGAAUUCCAAAAUCGACGGCGAGGUAUUUGCGUCGAUUUGUCUCGGAGCACCUAUAUCGUCUCGGCUGUGGCUACUUAGGAACGCGGAGAGGUUCAAUGUCCCGUCGUCCGUACUUUUCACCUUGUUUUUAGGGUUUACCAAGGAUCCGUAUCCUUAUAUUCGAAAACUAGCUCUGGAUGGACUGAUUAGUGUAUGUAAGGCUGGUGAUUUGAAUCACGCUCAUGCCGUGGAAGGUUGCUAUACUCGUGCUGUUGAGCUUCUAGGCGAUGCUGAAGAUAGCGUCAGAUCUUCUGCAGUUCGUGCAGUCAGUGUGUGGGGCAAAGUGAUGAUUGCUUCCAAGGAAGAAGAGGUGGACAGAAGAGAAUGUACAGAUGCUGUGUUUCUCCAGCUUUGUUCUAUCGUGAGAGAUAUGAGCGUAGACGUGAGGGUUGAGGUCUUCAGGGGAUUUGGGAUUGUAGGAACUGCAUCAGAAAGCAUUAUAUUGCAAACAAUUUCUAAAAAAGUAUUGGGAGCCAGGAAAGGGAAGAAACCGCAGAAUCAUCUUUCGAAUGUAUCAGCUGAUGUCGCUGCUGCAGCUGGAAUUUUCAUCCAUGGUUUUGAAGAUGAAUUCUACGAGCAUUUCUAUGCAUCAUUUUUGAAGGUACGGGAAGCUGCGGUUGACUCCUUCCACUCCCUCUCAGUAAAUUCUAUCAAAUUCCCAGAUGAAGCUGUUUACCUAUUGAUGGAUAUGUUAUACGAUGAUUAUAUGGUUGUCAAGUUGAAAGCUUUAGAUGCAUUGCAUCAUAUAGCAGACUUGGGGGACCUGAAGAUACAGGAAACUUAUAUGCCCGCCGUAAGUCACCAUAUCUUCUGCCUUUUUAUUUCUUUCUAUUGUAAUGNUGGCUCUCCUCAUCCCCCGAACAACAACAACAACAACUUGUUCGGAAUGUUCCUCCCUCCAAUGACAGGAGGCCACAUGCCACCCUUUGGCCACAACCCAAACGUCAUAAACAACAAUUACAAUCCCGCCAUGUACGGAGGAGGCUACGGAGGAGGAGGACAAGCUCAGCCACCACAACAGUAUCUUCUAGAACAACAAAUGUACGGCAUGUCUCUUCAAGACAAUGGAAACAACAACAAUACAAACCCUUACCAAGUUUCUUCUCAUCAUCAACAACAGCCUUUGGCUCUUAACCAUCCACCAAUGAUGAAGCCUAUGAAUAAGAAACCAGAAGACAAGUUGUUUGGUGAUCUUGUUGAACUCUCCAAAUUCAAGAAACCCACUUCAGGACGAGCUGGUAGUAUGUAA